CGGUCGUACGUAUAUAUGCCCUCGUGCGUGCGCGUGACUGGAAUUUCAGUUCGCUGCUGGGUAGAUACAAAGAUCGAUCUCGUGAUGACACUUACGAGGGAGGAGGCGCACGAGAGCAAGGAGAUGGAGAGCCUGCGGGUGCACGCCGACGCGCUGCUCUCGCUGUCCUCGCCCGCCGCCUCGUCCACGGCGCCGGCGAGCAGCGGCAGCAUCAGCAAGCCGGUGACGGCGGCGACGACCGCGGCGGGCAGGAGGGCGCUGGCGGCGGAGGGCGUGUUCGAGUGCAAGACGUGCAGCAAGCGGUUCACGUCGUUCCAGGCGCUGGGCGGGCACCGCACCAGCCACACGCGGCUGCAGGCGCGGAUGCUGCUGCACGAUCAGGCCGCCGACGUCCCGGGCGCCGCCGAGAGGGACAGGGCGCGGGUGCACGAGUGCGCCGUCUGCGGGCUCGAGUUCUCCAUGGGCCAGGCGCUGGGCGGCCACAUGCGCCGGCACAGGGGCGAGGCGCCGCCGGGGCCGUCGACGUCGUCGGCUGCCGUGCACGGCGAAGCCAGCUCCGGCGCGACGCAGCAGCAGGAGGUCAUGCCCGACCUGAACUACCCGCCGAUGGACGACUGCGGCGGCGACGGGCAAGAAACGUCGGCCGAUCGCAGCUCCGGGCAUCAUCAGCUGCUUGAUCUGCUUGUGUAGCCUUCACAGAGAACAUAACAACAUAUACUUGUAUAGAUAGGAUGUGCAUACAAUAGUACAAUACAUACAUGAUGAUUCCGUGUUAUACUACAUGGAUAGCUUGAUUUAUUUGUUUAAUUAUUAAGACAUGGAUGGAGUUCAAUCAGAUUGCUAAUAACUAGCUACAUGAUGAUUGAGUAAUUUUCAGAGAGGAUGAUUGAGAAAUUUUGGAACUUAAUCCUUGAC